GUUGGUGAUGGAACAACGACAGUUGUGUUAUUAGCAGGACAGUUUUUGCAUGAAUGCAAGAAAUUGAUUGAAGAAGGCGUUCACCCACAUAAUAUUGUCAGGUCAUUCAGAAAAGCUACUAGACUUGCAAUAGAAAAAAUUAAUGAGAUUUCAGUCAAGGUUAAUAAACAAGAUCCAAAAGAGCUUCGCUCCAUUUUGGAGAAAUGUGCUGGAACUUCAUUAAAUAGCAAGUUGAUACAUCAACAAAAAGAUUUCUUCGCAAAGAUGGUUGUGGAUGCAGUUAUGUCUCUUGACUCUCUCCUGCCACUAGACAUGAUUGGUAUUAAGAAAGUACCUGGUGGCUCUCUUGAGGAAUCUCUAUUGAUUGAUGGUGUAGCCUUCAAGAAGACCUUCUCAUAUGCUGGGUUUGAAAUGCAGCCCAAACGUUAUGAUAAUCCGAAGAUAGCGAUGUUGAAUAUUGAACUGGAGUUGAAAGCAGAACGUGACAAUGCAGAAAUCAGAGUAAAUAAUGUUGAGGAGUACCAGAAAAUUGUUGAUACUGAAUGGAAUAUUUUAUAUGAAAAGUUGGAUCUCAUCCAUAAGUCAGGUGCCAAGGUAGUUUUAUCUAAGCUCCCCAUUGGUGAUGUCGCCACUCAGUAUUUUGCAGACAGGGACAUGUUUUGUGCUGGACGUGUGGUUGAUGAGGAUUUGAAACGUACCAUGAAGGCUUGUGGAGGUGGGAUUAUGUCCACUGCUCAUGACCUUAAUGAUUCAGUCCUAGGCACAUGUGCAAAAUUUGAAGAAAGACAGAUUGGUGCUGAUAGGUAUAACUUGUUUAUGGGUUGUCCACAAACAAAGACUUGUACCAUUGUCCUGCGUGGAGGAGCUGAGCAGUUCUUGGAAGAAACUGAGAGAUCCCUUCAUGAUGCCAUCAUGAUUGUCCGCAGAGCACUUAGACAUGAUGCUGUUGUGGCCGGUGGUGGUGCAGUUGAACUGGAAAUCAGCAAGCACUUGAGAGAGUAUUCUCGAAGCAUCGCCAGCAAGGAACAGUUAUUCAUGGCUGCAUUUGCCAAAGCUUUAGAAAUCAUCCCAAGACAAUUGUGUGAUAAUGCAGGUUUUGAUUCCACUACCAUCCUGAACAAACUUCGGGCACGACAUGCAGAAGCUGAUGGGAAAUGGUAUGGUGUUGAUGUCUUGAAUGAGGAUAUUGCUGAUAAUUUUACAGCCUGUGUUUGGGAGCCAGCACUAGUGAAAAUCAAUGCCUUAACUGCAGCAUCAGAAGCAGCUUGUCUUAUUCUCUCAGUUGAUGAAACGAUCAAGUCACCGCGUUCCUCGUAUGAUGGACCUGCGCCAGGAGGCCCCAUGGGAAGGGGACGUGGUAGACCUAUGUAAUGGUGUCAUGCUAAACUGUCUCGUUGCUAAUUUUUUGCAAAGCCAUUUUUCUCCAGACGGAUGCGCAUAGAAAUAAUUUUAAGUUUGUGGCACAUGAUACAUUGUUAAUUUCCAUUAGUAACACAUUUUUAAUAUGGCAAGUCUCAUGGAGUCAUUUGAUGCCUAUACAUUAAUUUUGCUAAUAUGAAUCUUAACCAGUCUCACUGAACAAAGCUUGCUAUUUAUAAUAUAAUAAAGACUUGGAGAACA